UCGGGCGACGUGAUUGUUGUCGAGCCGCUCAACGAUCUUCUGAUUACUCAGUUCACAAUAGUGGUUUUUGCUCGUUUUAAUCAAAUGGCAAACUAUGCCUUGCUGAGCAUUUCUGUGCUUAAAACCACUACAGAUAUCUGGUCGGAAUCAUCGUCCUUGCUUUUCUGCGAAGCCUGUAUACGAAAGAAGCGAGAAGACAUUGGGCGUGCUGAAGCAUAG